AUGAAGAUGAUGGGAAGCGGCAUCGCCGCUCUUGGUCUGAUGACAAUCGUCAAUACAAUGUCAGCAAUGGCCCAGAAUAUGUCGUUCGGAGCCGACAACUUCUACCGCAGUGACAGCGUCACGGUCCAGCCGAUCACCUUCGAGAACCAAUACCGGAUGAAAAUCGGGGGCAACCUCUUCAUCCGCAACAACUUCACCCGCAGCGUCAACGCGCCAGCUAUCAUCGUCGGUCACCCCAUGGGUGCCGUGAAGGAGCAGAGCGCGAACCUCUACGCCACGAAGCUGGCCGAGCAGGGCUUCGUCACCGUCUCGCUCGAUCUCUCCUUCUGGGGUAGCAGCGAGGGCGAGCCGCGCAACGGCGUGUCACCGGACCUCUAUGCCGAGGCAUACAGCGCGGCAGUCGACUAUCUCGGCACGCAGGACUUCGUCGAUCGCGAGCGUAUCGGUGCCCUCGGUAUCUGUGGCAGCGGUGGCUUCGUGAUCAGCGCAGCGAAGAUCGACCCGCGUAUCAAGGCCAUUGCGACGUCGAGCAUGUACGACAUGGGCGCUUCCAACCGCAACGGGCUGCAGAAGUCUCAGAGCCUCGAGCAGCGCAAGGAGGUCAUCGCCGAAGCGGCGCAGCAGCGCUGGACCGAGAUAGAAGGUGGCGAGAUUCAGUACACCAGCGGCACCCCGGAUGAGCUCACGGCCGAUACGCCCGCUGUCGGACGCGAGUUCUAUGACUUCUACCGCACCCCGCGAGGCGAGUUCACGCCUGAGGGCACGACGCCGAACCUCACGACGCACCCGACGCUCUCGAGUAACGUCAAGUUCAUGAACUUCUACCCCUUCAACGAUAUCGAGACUAUCUCGCCGCGUCCGUUGCUCUUCAUCUCCGGUGAUCAAGCACACUCGCGCGAGUUCAGCGAGGAUGCUUAUGCGCGUGCGGCGGAACCGAAGGAGUUGUUUUGGGUGCCUAGAGCCGGUCAUGUCGACCUCUACGAUCGCGUGGAUCUCAUCCCCUUUGGCAAGAUCACUCAGUUCUUUCGGCAGAAUCUUAGCAAGCGGGCCAGUCGUAGGGCCAACUGA